UAGAAACGAAGCAGGCCUUUGUCACCGGAUGAAGUUCACGUCCCUUCAGUUCAGUUCCGGUAGAAAUAGUGUGCAUCAAGUGAAGUCUGCUUGCAAAUUCAUUUGGACGAACUUCUCGGCCAACUUAUCCUGUAAAAUGUCCCGAGGCUCGAGUGCAGGGUUUGAUCGACACAUUACCAUCUUCUCUCCUGAGGGCAGACUCUAUCAAGUCGAAUAUGCUUUCAAGGCCAUAAACCAAGGUGGGCUCACGUCAGUAGCAGUCAGGGGAAAGGAUUGUGCAGUUGUUGUAACACAGAAAAAAGUACCGGACAAGCUUCUGGAUGCCUCCACAGUGACUCACCUUUUCAGAAUAACAGAUAAUAUUGGAUGUGUAAUGUCUGGGAUGACAGCCGAUAGCAGGUCCCAAGUCCAGCGAGCUCGAUAUGAAGCAGCCAACUGGCAGUACAAGUACGGUUAUGAGAUUCCAGUGGACAUGUUGUGUAAGAGGAUUGCUGAUAUCUCACAAGUCUACACGCAGAACGCUGAGAUGCGACCACUGGGCUGCUGUAUGAUCGUGAUCGGCGUAGAUGAAGAGUACGGCCCUCAGGUGUACAAAUGCGACCCAGCAGGCUACUAUUGUGGUUUCAAGGCCACGGCCGCCGGAGUGAAGCAGACAGAAGCCACCAGCUUCCUGGAGAAGAAAGUGAAAAAGAAACUGGAUUGGACCUUUGAACAAACAAUCGAGGUAUCAUAA